UUCCGGACAACAACUUCCGGGUUUCGCCGGCUAAGAUUUUCUACAGGAAGAUUUACUAGACAAAUCCUAGACAAAUCCUCUUCCAUCGCUUGUCAGAAAUAAGUAUUUUCAGAUAUGAAGCUAUUUGCAUACCCACUGGCGUGCCUGCUUCUUUUUGGAGCCGGUGCAUUUGGAAGACAGGAUGCAAUCAAUGCAGAUUUGGUUAUUUCUGACGUUGAAAGGAAAAUUGAUAUUUCUACCCAUCUUGUCAAAAUCACUAAUGAAAUCACCUUUGAAAACACUGGCAAGUCAUCGACAGGAUAUUUCCUUGUGCCAAUAGACUCAUCUUUGCAGAAUUACCUUUCUUUCUUUGGGGCUUCUCUAAAAGGAAGUGGGGAUGAAAAGGGAGCUGCUCUUACUGUAUCACAAACUACUGUUUCCGGGCAAAGUGAGAAACAGUUGUGGAGAGUGGCCCUUCCUUCUGCUCUGGAGACUGGCAAGACGAUUAUUGUUGUAGUAGAAUCAGUCUUCUCCCACGCCCUGACGCCAUUCCCCCGCCAGAUCACACAGUCAGAAAAACAGUAUGUUGUCUUCAAUGGGAACCUGUUUGUGUUCUCCCCAUACAAAGUAAAAACCCAGAAGACAACUGUGAACACAGCCAGCAGCACAAUAGAGUCAUACACAAAGACCAAACCAGUGUCCCAGUCAGAAAACACUAUCACAUACGGACCUUUUGAGAACAAAGAGGCUUUCUCAGAGGCUGAGCUUAGAGUGCACUCUGAAAACAAUACUCCAUUCCUGACCAUCACAAGUAUGGAGCGUGUGAUCGAGGUGUCACACUGGGGAAACAUCGCAAUUGAGGAGCACAUUGAGGUCCGACACAGUGGUGCUGAACUGAAGGGAUCUUUCUCAAGAUACGACUACCAGAGAGCAGCUGACCAGGGGGCAUCUGUUAAGGCAUUCAAGACUGUCCUGCCAGCUGCUGCCAGUGAUGUAUACUAUCGUGACGAGAUCGGCAACAUCUCGACGAGUGCCCUGCGAGAGAUGGAUGAUCUGGUUGAGGUGGAACUCCGACCCCGUUUCCCUCUGUUUGGAGGAUGGAAGACCAAGUACACCAUUGGAUACAAUGUACCCAGCUACCAGUACCUCUUCAACUCUGGUGACAGCUAUGGUUUGAAGAUGCGAUUUGUUGACCAUGUUUUUGAUGACUUAGUUAUCGACCAGCUGACAAUCAAAAUCAUCCUGCCAGAAGGAUCUUCUGGUAUUGAGCUGAAGACCCCGUUCAAGGUGGAGAAGGGGGAGAAUGGUCUGCACUACACAUACCUGGACACCGUGGGACGACCUGUCAUCGUGGCGUACAAGAACAACCUCGUCGACCAGCACAUCCAGGACUUUGAGCUGUACUACAACUUCCAGAAACUGCGCCUUCUGCAGGAGCCCCUCCUGGUUGUCGGAGCCUUCUACCUGAUGUUCGUGCUCGUGAUUAUCUACGUUAGGAUGGACUUCUCCAUCACGAAGGACGAGGCAAAGGAGAGCAAAAUGCGUGUUGCCAGCCUUCUGGAGGAGGUUCAGAGUGCCCAGGACCGCCGCAGUGCCCUCUACCAGAGCUACGAUGAUGCCAUUGACAAGUUCAAGGCCAGCAAGGACCAGUCGAGCUUUAUCGCAGGUCGGAAGAAAAUAGACGCGGACUAUAAACAGCUGACACAGCAGAUACAAGGGCUACAGUCUUCCCUAAAGCAGGAGGGCUCUGACCUCACGGAAAGGGUUGGUGAGCUGAACCGUCAGGACCAGGCAUACCGUGAUCAGAUCAACGCCCUAGGAGUCCUUGCCGAGAAACUUGUGGCUGGCAAGUUCGGCAAGCAGCAGUAUAUUGAAAAUGAAAAGGUCAUCCAAGAUAAACGAAAUGAGAUUUACAAAAAAAUGGAUGAACUUUCAUCAAGUCUAAACUAGGGAGUCCAGUUUUCCCAUGGAUUGCUUUGAUUUAAAAUAGACUAGGUUUGAGAGUGUUCAUUUUGAUUGAAUGGAUAGAAUACACCAAUUGCUGUUGCGUGUUAAAAAAAUAAAAGCACAUACAUUCCUGAUGGAACGUUUUGAUCAGCAAAUUAUAUACAAUUUAGGUUUGAAGCGCCCUUGAACGUAUUUUUUAUGAAAAGGGCGCUCAACAAAUCUGGUAAAAUAAUAAUAAUAAUUUAUAGUUCUUCAGCUCAUUAUAUCUGUUCAGCUUAAAUGAUAACAUGAACAUAUCCGUUGCUUAGUAUUAAGGAGGUUUAUUUUAGAUUAAAGCUUUGCAUGGGAAUAAGCUAGUUUAUGACUAGAAAUAAGCUUUAGGAUUAAAAAAUUAAGAAUUCUAUUACUUAAGUGAUUUAAUCAUCAUUUAUUUUUAUUAUGCACCCAGAUGAACAUACUGGGCUCGUGUGAAUGUAAUUGGUUUAUGUUUAAUGGUAUGUUUAUUCAUUUAUGUGUUAGUGCAAAGAUGGUAAGAGUUAUUAAUAUAUAUCAGACAGUAGUUCCAUUCUCUGUACAAAAAGUGGUUGCAAUCUGUGUUUGUAAUAUGUUCAAAUGUAAUAGAUUUUAAAUAAAGAUAUAAAAAUCA